GCUGGAUUGAUUCCAGGACAAUUUGACCCACCCUUGACGCGCCUGGGCGACCCUCCCCCACGCGCUCGUGCAAGGCAAAAGUCCUAAGUUUGGAUCCAUUCUUAUGAAGACGGGCCGCCGUCGUGGGAGGUUUCGACUGGGAGACUCGGUUACCAACUGAGUACAGAAUAGGAAAAUAGUCGGCAUGUCUGAACGCACCACACCCGAUCCGUUGGCCCCCGAACCAACGGCCGCAGCCACUACCGACCGUACCGAACGCCAACAGUGCUGGGAAUGUCGUCGCCGGCGUCUGGUUUGUGACGGCACCCAGCCCGUCUGCAUGAAAUGUCGUGCCGCCCGCAUCGUGUGCCCCGGGUAUGCAGACAAGAAACCGUUGACUUGGCUCGCCCCGGGCCAGGUCAUGUCACGUACCCGGAGGAAGAAGAGCCCGAAUUCAAAAGCCACAAAGGGGGGGAAAGUGCCGCCCCCACGCAAGGCUUGCAACGGAGCCAAACGGAAACCCGAAAGCAAGUCUCCGUCGAUGGCCAGUGACUCUGGUGAAGACUCACGGAGCGACGAUCAGGGGGAUAUGGUCGAGUUUGGACGACCUGUCGAGCUCCGGGGCGAGGUCUGUGAUAUCUUCGAGGCCAUGAUGUAUUACAAUGGCCACAUCUACCCGCAGCUGGAAAAGUAUCAACUCGCCCCGAGUGGCUUCUUGUUCCCGAUAUUGUUAGUGCGGGAUCUCCCCCCAUCCAUCGUCCACACUCUGGUAUCUGUGGUUGUGGGCCACCGCAUUACCCAGGUGGUGGAGGACCCCACCACAAGCCAGGUCGUCAAACCGAUGUGGACGCGCCUCUACCGCCACCGUGACAUUGCCGUGCGCGAAAUCACCAGGCUAGUCGCAAACGAAGCAUCGCGGAAGGAGAUGACCACAUUGGUUGCUGUCUACACCCUUCUCUUUGCCAUGCUGCAACAGUCCUUCACCCCCGGUUGGCGGACCCACGUCGACGCAUACAUGAGUUUACUCCACCUCCAUGGCUCGUUCCAGGAUGUACUUCGUGACCACCCCUUUAUGGAACUCAGCAUGAUGGCGCUAUUCAUCGUUGGCAUUUUUGCCAACACCACCAGCCCCAACAACAACCAAUUCCAAGUCGCCAGCACGCCCGAAACCCUCCGCAUCGCCGAAGCCUACUACACCGAGAGCUACUACCCCUCCAUCAACUGCCCGCCCACCCUCUUCUCCAACAUCAUCCUCAUCAACGACCUCCGCUCCCACCUGCCGUCCCCCGAAACGACUCGCUCCGCCAAGCUCAUCCUCGCCCGCAUCGAGGACUUCUCCCCGACGGCCUUCAGCGCGGACAAGGAGGCGUUCGAAGAAGAGUGGCAGCUCCUCGGCAGCAUGUUCCGCGCGACGACGGCCCUGUACGCCAUCCUGUCGCUGCAGUCGACGGGCGCCCUGCCGCGCUCGUCGCCCGAGCUGGGCCUGGCGCGCGCCCGCCACGCCCGCCAGCUGUUCGCGCUGCUGGAGCAGGCCCAGGAGGUGCCGCGCGUCAGGAAGCGCAUGGUCUGGGCGCUGGUGGUCGCGGGCGUCGAGGCGGCGCGCGCGGGCGGCGGCGUGCAGAAGUGGAUCGGCGAGCGCCUCGACGAGAUGAGUCGUGACCAUGGCGCUGCGGGCCCGCGGGUGGCGAGGGACACGCUGGAGAAGUUCUGGGCUGCUGGGGGUGGGACGUGGGAUGAGUGCUUUACGGAGCCGUGUUGUUUUCUGAUGUAGCAUGUGGGAUGAGAAGACGAGGUGGGAUUUACACAUGGGGAGGGUAUAAACGGGUGGAGGUCGGUUUUUUAGAGGGCAUAUGCGUUGGAGUUUUGG